AUGUCAGGUGCAAAAAUCUCUCUUGACAAAACGAAAAGCACAACUAAAAAAACAAAAACCAUGUACAAAAAGGGUGAAGGUGUACCAGACUUUGUACUUUUAAAUCAAAUUACAGAGAAUGAUUUCUUGGAGAAUCUUAUAACAAGACAUAAAUCUGAUCAGAUUUAUACCUACAUUGGAGAUGUAGUCAUUUCUUCCAAUCCCUUUAAAAAGAUGAAUAUCUACAAUGAAAGUGAUAUCAAAAAUUAUAAUGGAAGAUAUAAAUAUGAAAUGCCUCCUCAUAUUUAUGCAUUAGCAAAUGAUGCAUAUAGAGCAAUGAGACAAAAUCAAGAAAAACAAUGUGUCAUCAUUUCAGGAGAAUCUGGAGCAGGCAAGACAGAGGCAUCUAAAAAGAUUAUGCAAUUCUUGACCUUUGUCAGCAAGAAUCAAAGUGAUCGUGGAGACAAGAUUGCCAAGAUGUUGCUAGAGUCUAAUCCGCUGCUCGAAGCAUUUGGCAAUGCAAAGACAUUGAGAAACGACAAUUCAAGUCGUUUUGGUAAAUACAUGGAGAUGCAAUUUGACUAUGUUGGUACACCAUCUGGUGGCAAGAUUACAAACUAUCUCUUGGAAAAGUCACGUGUCGUUGGUAGAGCCCAAGGUGAACGUAAUUUCCACAUCUUUUACCAAAUGCUCAAAGGAUUGAAUCAAGCCAAACUGACCGAACUCGGUCUCAAUGCAAGUGCCACUAGUUUUAAUUAUUUGAAAAACAGUACUUGUAUUGAUGUUGCCACCAUUGAUGAUGUUGCCGAUUUCAAAGCAGUCGUCAAAGCAAUGGAAACUUUGGGUCUCAAAGAUGAAGAUCAAAAUUCAAUUUGGAGAAUCCUUGCUUCCAUCCUUCAUAUUGGUAAUAUUACUUUUAAAGAAUUACCUGAUCAAACUGUUGGUACUUCUUCUGUUGGUGUUGUUGAUCAAAAAUCAUUAGCAUCAGCAGCAGCAUGUUUAAAAACAGAUGUUGGAACAUUAUCAAGAUCAUUAACUUAUAGAUCAAUUAAUACUGGUGUUGGUAAAAGAUGUUCAGUUAUUUCAGUACCAUUGGACAAUGAACAAGCAGUAUUUUCAAGAGAUGCUCUUGCCAAAGCACUCUAUGAAAGAUUAUUCCAAUGGCUUGUUGGAAAGAUUAAUCAACAAAUUAAUAAUCCUGAAAAGGGUCUCGUAAUUGGUAUCUUGGAUAUUUAUGGUUUUGAAGUUUUUGAAAAAAAUAGUUUUGAACAAUUAAAUAUAAAUUAUUGUAAUGAAAAAUUACAACAAUUAUUUAUUGAAUUAACAUUAAAGAGUGAACAAGCAGAAUAUAAAAAUGAAGGUAUUGAAUGGAAAGAUAUUGAUUAUUUCAAUAACAAACCAAUUUGUGAUUUAAUUGAAAAACGUCCAAUUGGUCUCAUUUCAUUAUUAGAUGAAGCUUGUUUAAUUGCAAAAUCAACUGAUCAAACUUAUUUACAAAAUAUUCAAAAUAACUUUGAUAAACAUGAAUAUUUUCAAUCAUAUCAAUCAACAAGAGAUAGAAGUAUUGGAGAUGGAUGUUUUAGAUUAAAACAUUAUGCAGGAGAUGUAACAUACAAUGUUGGAGGAUUUUUAGAAAAGAACAAGGAUACAUUGUUUGGUGAUUUGAUUACAAGUAUGCAAAUGAGCAAGGAUCCACUUAUUUGUUCACUUUUCCCCAGUCCAAAGCCAGAAGAUUCUAAAAAGAGACCAGAGACUGCUGGAAGUCAAUUCCGUACUGCCAUCAAUUCUUUAAUCUCUACUCUUUUGGCUUGUUCACCACACUAUGUUCGUUGUAUCAAGAGUAAUGAUAACAAGCAAGCUGGUGUCAUUGACGAGGAACGUGUUCGUCAUCAAGUACGUUAUCUUGGUCUAUUGGAAAACGUUCGUGUCCGUCGUGCCGGUUUUGCCAAUCGUCAAACCUAUCAACGUUUUUCUCAACGUUAUAAAAUGUUGACCAAGGAAACAUGGCCAACUUUCAAGGGUAACCCUCGUCAAGCCACCGAAGCCAUCCUAAAGGCUCACAACAUUCCCAAGGAAGAGUUUAGAAUGGGCAAGACCAAGGUAUUUAUCCGUUCACCCACCACCCUCUUUUACUUUGAGGAAAAACGUGAAGCCGAACUUCCACGUAUCGCUACCCUCAUUCAAAAGACUUGGAGAGGUCAUUGUGCUCGUAGUCGUUGGAAUCAACGCAAGGCUGCCAUCAAGAUUCAACUCUUUUAUCGUACCUAUCGUUUCAAAAAGUGGUUUAGAGAAUUGCAUCGUGUAUUCAAUGACGUUAAAAACGAUCCAAAAUAUGGAAAGUUUACAGUUUGGCCCAAGAACCCAUCGGUAUUGGAUCGUGCAGUCAUGUUGAUUCAUCGUGUUCACAAUACAUGGCGUGCAGAACGUAUGGUCUUGGCUCUUGGUCCCAGCGCUCCUGCCAUGCGUCAAAAGGUCCUUGCCUAUGACUUGUUCAAGGGUAAAAAGAAAUGGAACUGUGCUCGUCUCUUUGAUGCCGAUUACCUCGAAAAGACCACCAAUCCAAACCAAUCAAAAUACGUCAUUGCCAUGCAAAACCUCUUCCAAACCUAUGGAGAUACCGAAGUUUUGUUUGCCGACUAUGUAACCAAGGUCAAUCCAAAAGGUGUCCCACAAAAGCGUGGUGUCGUCGUUACCAAUGCCAACAUUUACAAACAUGACCCCAAAAACUACAAGGUCAAGAAAUGGGGUACUCCAUUGGCUGACAUUUCUUCCAUCUCUUGUUCUCCCAAUAAUGAUACCUUUGUUGUCAUUCAUUGCAAGGCUCCAAGUCGUGAUUUUGUAUUAGACGUUGGUAUCAAUGGUUAUGAAGCUGUAUCUGAAAUUGUUACAGUCAUUGUUCAACAAGUUCAAAAGUUGACUGGUAUUCGUCUCACCGUUCACUUUGCUCAACAAAUCACUUUCAACAAUGCUCGUCCAAAAGGUAGUGACACUCAAUUAUCAUUCCAACAAUCAAAUGAUCCAAAAGUUGAUGGUAGCCAAUAUAAAAAGAUUAAAUCUGGUCAAGCUACAAUUCUCUAUAAAUAA